AUGAAUAAAUAAUAAUGUUGCUAAUAAUGUGACAGCAAUGAAAAUGUUUUGGUUUGUGUUAAGUGUUCGUAAGGGUUGUGUGAUGAAUGUUUCUAAUAGUUUGGGGGGAAGGAUUUUGAGGCAUUGUGUCCAGUUUGUUAAAUGCUUAGUCUAUUUAGGUAAUCAUAGGUGGAGAUCUGCGAGGCUUGUGCAGACAUCCACGAGAGUGAAUAAGAGGAGAUGGAGUGCCUGUAUAGAUCAAUGAGCUUGAUGAAGGAGAAGAUGAACCAAUUAUUCUUGGUGGGAUAGCAAAGGAUUAAGAGAAUAGAAUAAUUGAAAUAAUAAAUAUAAUUAAAUGAAAAUGAAAUUUAUAUGUUGAAAGCGUAGGGCUAGAUUUUAUGA